GAAGACUCCAAGUCUAAGGACAUUAUUGUCUUUCAACCUUCAUUACCAACAACCAAGCUUACUAUCUAUCCCCCGAAGGACACUGAUUCUCUAUCCACUCUCCGAUCAAUGGCUCCGCCUUCCCAACUGCUCAACGGCGCUGGUGUCACCGCCGGAAAGUCGAUUACUAGUCGUAUGGCUUCCGUCUACAACGAAGUACAAAACAGCCGUCUUGAUCAUCCUCUUGCUCUCCCUUCCGUUUUCAGAAGCCCCUUUAAAAUCGUCGAUGGUCCCGCUAGCUCCGCUGCCGGAAAUCCAGAUGAAAUUGCAAAACUUUUCCCAUCCCUGUUUGGGCAACCAUCAGCAAUAUUGGUGCCAGGUGAAUCUAAUGAAUCAGGAUCUGCCUUGAAGAUAGGAGUUGUGUUGUCAGGAGGACAAGCACCAGGAGAGCAUAAUGUUAUAUCUGAAAUUUUUGAUUACUUACAGGAAUGCUGCAAAGGAAGUACUUUGUAUGGGUUCAAGGGUGGGCCAGCUGGGAUCAUGAAGGGAAAAUAUGUGGUCUUGACCCCUGACUAUAUUUAUCCUUACAGAAAUCGGGGAGGAUUUGAUAUGAUCUGUAGUGGGAGAGACAAAAUUGAGACUCCAAAGCAGUUUAAGCAAGCUGAAGAUGUAGCAAUGAAUCUUGAUUUGGAUGGGCUUGUGGUUAUUGGUGGAGAUGAUUCAAAUACAAAUGCCUGCCUUCUUGCUGAAAACUUUAGGUGA